AUGGCAGAAGGAAACGUUUCAAGAUAUGUGAAGUUAACAAAAGAACAAACUGAUGCAGAGGAGAUCAAGCCUGGUGAACUGAAUCAGCCCAUUGAGGUUCCUCAGUUGGCAGUUCGAAAGUGCAAUGAAUGCGGGCAACCUUUACCUGAAAACUUUGAGCCUCCAGGAGAUGAGCCUUGGACUACUGGGAUUUUUGGAUGUGCUGAAGAUACUGAAAGCUGCUGGACAGGACUAUUUUGCCCUUGUGUUCUAUUUGGUAGAAAUAUCGAGAGCUUGAGAGAUGAUACCCCCUGGACUACACCAUGCAUUUGCCAUGCCGUUUGUGUUGAAGGUGGCAUUGCACUGACCGCAGCAACAGCUGUCUUCCAUGGCAUUGAUCCAAGGACCUCAUUUCUCAUUUGUGAGGGUUUGCUUUUUGCUUGGUGGAUGUGUGGCAUAUACACUGGUCUUGUUCGACAGUCUUUACAGAAGAAAUAUCAUCUCAAGAAUUCACCUUGUGACCCAUGCAUGGUGCACUGCUGCAUGCACUGGUGUGCUUUGUGCCAGGAGCACAGGGAGAUGAAGGGGCGUCUAUCAGAUAACUUUGUCAUGCCAAUGACCAUUGUCAAUCCUCCUCCCGUUCAAGAGAUGAGUGCCACCAACGAAAACCAGGAUUCUACUCCAUCCCCUGAGAAGGGGACCAGCUUGGAGAUGCAGCCUCUGUGA